AAUAUGCCGGAGGCACGUCAGGGAUGUAUUACAUAUGAUAUGCCUUCCCGAGGAAAAUACGAAGGACUUCCAAUGAAAACUUUCUAUCUAAACAAUGAAAAUGGAAGCACUUGGAAGAGUGAUUUGAGAACAAACUCAAAGACUCCUCAACCCAUAGAAGCUGACCAGUCGGUGAAGAGAAGGACUAAGAGCAGUCGCCUGAUAUCCUGCUGCUGUGCCCGCCACUCCACGCGGACAGUCGACAGCGAAGCUAACCAUCUCGAAGGAGAGGCAAUCAUUGCAGGCGAUCAGCAGGUGCCGCACCUUGCACCAUUGAAGCUGUCCAGUUCCUUGCCAACUACACCACAAUUAGGCCAACGGGUGGUGCGAGGACGCGGCUAUAAGAAGCUCUCAUGGAAUGAGGAGCAGCCACGCCGGCAGACAGGCGAACCAUCAAUAUCAAUGAUCGCCCAGGGCCAGGAGGCCAGGGCCAAUCCGCCGCUUACCUAUCAACAUCUCACCCGCAACCAUAGCAACAACAACAACAACAAUAAUAAUAAGAACAACAACAACAACAACAAUAAUGAUGAUGAGGAGGAGUACGAUCCCAUUGCCAAAUACUUUGCCAACACGCAGCAUCAAAAGCUAUCUCCUCGCAUCGCUGCGAAAAGCUCACGGAUUCUCUGCGAGAAUUGCUGUGGGGAGAGGCAGCAACAAGUUGGCAGCUCUAUGGACCGCCAAAAGCAACAGCAGCAACAGCAACAGCAGCAACAUCAUCAGCAGCAGAAACAGCAGCAACAGCUGCCGUUUGGGGACUACGAUUCAGUGUCCGAUUUGUCGUCGUUUCGCUUUGUCUUCGAUGGGGAGGAAGUCGAUUCCACGAGGCGCGUAUUAGUCGAUGCUCAUUAUGAGGAUGCCGCUGACGAUGACGAUGACGUUGCGCGGCCGCCGGUUAUAGAAAUAGAAAAGCGGCAGCCAAAUACAUCAACAACGAAAACGGAAAAAUCAACAGAGGCAGCACCAGCAGCAGCACCAACAUCAGUGGGAGACGCGUCAUCGCCAGUGUUGUCCCUGUCAUCUGAAAUCAGCGACGAGUCACCAGCAAUUUGUUGUUAUACAAUUGACAAAAAACUGUCACAGCAGCAGCACCAGCACCAGCACCAGCACCAGCAGCAUCAUCUACAACAGCAAGCGCAACAGCAGCAGCAACAUCUGCAACACUACAAUUCCUGUGCCACAGUUAGCUAUCGAAGCUAUCGCCAUCCACCGCCAGUUCCUCCAAAACCGCGUGUCUGUGUAGAGUCUUCUGUAUCCGAUGAGCCAGCCCUGAAGACCCGUCGUGUGGUCUGCCAUAAGCAGCAGCAACAACAGCAACAUUAUCAUCAGCCACCUGCCCAACCCACUCACUAUCCGCCUCGUAUUUAUCCCGCGAACAGCUGUUGCAUCCCUAAGGAUUACAACCCAUAUGCCUUCGAGGGAAGCUUCAAUAAUAACAUCAAUUACAAUUGCCGUUUCGGAUCGAGUGGAGAUUGCGCUUGGGGAUUGUUGAAGGGGCCACGAUCCCUUUGCUAUGAUCGACACGGACGUCUGACCUUCGACUCCGAACCGGAAACGGAAGUGGGGGUGGAAAAGCGCAACGGAGUGCACAAAUCACUCAGUGAAUCGCGUCUGCAAAUACAAUAUUACGGAGAGUCCAAAGUUCCCUAUGAUCCGUACACUGAUCUAGCGCGUGUGACCGCGAAUGUUAUAUACCCAGAAAAAAGUGACCGCGAAAGUUCAUUUUCUCUGCCACUGCAGCACAAUCGUGAAUGCAAUGCGUUGCUCCAAGUGAAUCCUACAAGCCAAAUUAACAAUCACCAAUUAAAUCAUAAUAAGCGAAAUAAUAUACUUCUGCCGUGUCACUGCAAUUCCUAUGUGGAAGCUCCAUUCGAAGUUAACAAGGAGAACGGGCACACAAUGGAGAAACGACGUAAUACCCUGGACCGCUUUCAGCGCCUCGGUUUCGGGCGUAAAUCAUCACCAGCGGCAGCCGCCUCUGCGUCCACGUCCUCUUCGACAUCCACUUCCGGUCCGGAGAAGCAGCGCAAAACAUCGGAUCGUUCAGAGCGUCUCCGCGAGCUAACCGAACUUUUACGGGGUGGAGGUGGUGGCGGUAGCAGUUCCCGUGCCUCCUCCACACCCACUCCGCCACCGCCUCCUCCGCCACCUGUGCCACCGCCCCGCAAACCGCGCACAUCACAUAUCGAGCGCCAGGAUACAGGCGCCAGUCAAACUUCAGAAUCGGAAACUGGCAGUGCUCACCUGCGAAUGCCUAGCGAAGAAUCAACACGACACAGUGGCGGAGGAGGUGGAGGCGGUCUUAGCACCGCUGCCCGUAUACUUGCCUCCCUUCGACCAAACACGAGUCUCUCCAAUCUGGAGGCCUUCAUGUUGAGCAACCGCGAGAAGUCCAAAUCCCCGCCCCCACCUGCGCAGCAGAAUCAGCGACCUGCGGCUAGCAGAUGCGUAGAUGCGUCGGCCACUGGCAGCAGUGCCAGUUUCGAGAGCACGGCGCUAGCAUCACGGCCGGAUUCACGCAGCGCGCACAAGGUAGCCCCAUUUCGUUCGGUUUCUUUCUCGCAGAUCGAUUGUAAGUCCACGCUAUCCGCCUUGAGGGAUCGACUAAAGCGGGACAAGGCCGUCGAGGCUCCCAGUCCCAGUCCAACACACUCCAGGGAGGAGGAACUUAUUCAUCCAGAUCCUGGCUGGGUGCGAAUACCACUGAAGAAGACCGAACUCAAUAUCAAUCUGAAUUACGGACAGGAAAAAUCCCUGGAUCACGACUCGAUCCAGGAGGAGGACAUUUUUAGCAACGAGUUGACGGCGAGUGGCAGCUCAGGGGUCCUGUUCCCAGUGGCCACUGCCAGCAGUGUAAUAGCAGCUCAUGCUACCAUGGAAUCUCUGACAGAUACCAUUCAAUCGGAGAGCGAUUGUCUGAUCAAGGAGGAGGUGCAGCCGCAAAUACAACCAGUACUGGAGAUAACACCUCCAUCCUCCUCUGUCAGUGGAAGUGCCCCGAAUCUGGCUACCUUGAUGGAGGAGCAGUUGCCUUUGGAGUCUCCACCGGAUAACUUUCUGCAAACAGCUACCACCUGCGAGAUACCAGUGCCAGUGUAUGAAUGUGCCGCCCAAGAAUGGCUGGAGACUCCUGCACAGGAAUGGGUUGAGGUUGCCCCUGAAGAAUUUGGGAUAGUGCCAGAGACCAUACAGCCACCCAUUCCUCAUGCUGCCUGUAAAAUCUCCCAAACGCCAUUCACUUUGACUACGGCUAUUAGGAGUGAUCUGGUCCCAACUAUUUCCGUGAGUCGUUCAUCCGAAGAGGGUGACGAGCUGGCAAAAAUCGAAGAUGUGCCGCAAGUGGAAGUGGCAACGACGGCCAAGAAUCCUUCAAUGGAGCAGCAUAGCAGACAGUACAGCCAAGACGAUUUGGACCUUGGCAAUGUAGAUUUGAGGAGCUCUCUGGAGGCCAUAGCUACACCGCGACACAGUACCGAUGAGCGGCAACGAAGGCAUUUGGAUAAGUCUACCAAACGGAAGGGGAUGUACAUAGACAAUGCGGAUUGGCAGGCUCCCACGGAGACACCACAACGAGGCCUAGCCCUGGAUAUCAAUGUGGCCAAUCUGAAUGCCAUUAAGCCGGAAUCCCCAGAUGUUAACACUCCCGGUACCUCUCAAAUGUUCAUUAGCAGUCCGCAAAGCUCAUAUUCCUUUGAAAUAAAUACUCCCGAACUGGAGAAAGGUUCCCCUUCUUGGGGCAGUGGCGGAUUGGUUCGUGACAAGGCCCAGUUAAUGAGCAACUUCAGCUGUCACAGCAGUGAGGAGAAGGAUGAUGCCUCCACUCGGAGCUUAAGCUUUCUGCGAACCGAUUCUACGUCGGAUAACGAGUGCGAUCGGGCUGUAAGGGAGCGUGAGAGAGAGAGGAUAACCUCUAGUCCCACACCUAGCACCGGGGACUAUGACUACAAACGCUUUUCGAAGCGUCCACUAAGAGGUCCCUACGGCCAGAUGUUGGAGGCGGAGAUGAAGAAACCCAAUCGGAUGCACUUCAAGGAGAUACUUGAGGAGCUGCGCGAGACAGACAGCUUGCACACGCGUGGAUCAGCUUCGGGUGCAGCCAGUGGAUCGGGUGGUCCCUCCCGCAAUCUGCCCCAAUACUCCAACUCUAUGAGAGUGCGCAAGACGAGCACCUUUCUGCCAGUGCCAUCUCAUGCCCGUGCGGCUUCCACGCCUUCGCAGCUGGAGCACACCAACAAAGGCAUUUCCGCAGCCACCGCUCAGAUUUCAGUGUCCGCCAAGAACCUAAGUGAGGCAGAACUGGAUGACCAGUUACAUCACAUGAAGCGAGCAGCCUCAGAGGCUCCGGCUCCCAAAUCGCAUCACAGCAAGCGUAGUCAGUCGAUGAGCACGGAACGUCCCAGCCUUCAUCAUCAUCACCACGGACACAGUCAUGGACAUGGUCAUAGCCAUAGUCAUAAGCGGAGUCUGGAUUCGGGAUCUGGUGACAAAGCUGCCAAAACUUCUCCAUCAACUGGAGGAGCUUCAGCAUCGGCAUCGGGAUCAGGAACCAAGGCGGGCAUUAAGCCAACGCCUGCUCUGUUGGCUGAGCUACUGAAGGGAUCCAGCGAGAAUAUGAUCUCCGAGCAGCGAAAGAAAACGUUAGCGGACACACGCACUCAUGUGGUGCAGGAGAUCUAUCGGAAUGAGCAAUCCUAUGUGGAAUCCCUGCAGACCGUCGUUGUCAAGUAUCUGAAAGUGCUCAAGGCUCCAGAGCAUGCCGGCAUGAUAGAUACCCGUACUGUGGAUGAGAUCUUUUUCAUGGUUCCCGACAUCCUCGAGAUUCACGAGAAGUUUCUGGGCGAUCUGAAGGGCCGCUUGGAUGACUGGGAUGUUCAGCAGAAAGUUGGCGAUGCAUUCAUGGAUACGUUUUCAAAGCUAGAAGUCCUAGAAGUCUACACAUCCUUUGUUAACAACUGCAAUCGAGCAAAGAAUGCUAUUCGCUCCAUGAAGCAUCAGAGGCCCUCGUUUUCCAAGUUCCUCGAGUCCACAGCUCGGGAGCACAAGGGCAAGCUUACCCUGGACAAUCUGCUCAUUAAGCCAGUGCAAAAGUUUCCCAACUAUGAACUGCUGUUUCAGCGAUUGAUUAAGAACACAGAUCAUGAUCAUCCUGACACAAAGCAUUUGCAGGACGUGCUCAAGUUGGUCCACGACAUACUGGUCCACAUUAACUGCAAAGAGCGAGAAAUAAUGGAGAACGGGCAAAGGGAGGCCACGCUCCGGGAAUUAGAAGGCGUUAUCGAGGGCAUCACCGAUCUUAUAGCUCCUGAAAGGCAGUUCCUGCUCUUCGACCUAGUUUCCAUGCCUUCGGGUCAAGGUGCUCGCAAGGAUCGCGGCUUCUUCCUAUUCAACGAUCUACUCGUUUUAACCAGCAUCAAGAAACGAAGCGGCACCAUCCGCAAGCCCAACAGCACCAUCUGCCCGGGCACCGUGGCCUCCACCCUGGAUACCAACAAGUACAAGUUCCUUACCAAGAUCUCGCUAGAUUGUCUGGAAAUUGUCAAAUCUAAGGACGAAAAUAUCAAGCGUAUCGUCAGCGAAAUCGAAACUUUGGCCGAUGACUGCAAUAAACUGCAGCAAAUCACCGACAUCACCGUCUCCCUUAAAUACCCGCAUCAGUAUCUGGAGGAUGUAAUCCGCGAGCUCCACCGGGAUGUCCAGCGACAACUCUCCGAGCGCCAGACAAACGACACACAGCUGAAUAUGCUCGAGCUGACAGUCAGUUCUCCAAAUGGCAAUCAAAAGCUAACUGUGGUCUUCAGUAAAACCGAGAAGCGGACGCAAUGGGAGGAGAGCUUCAACGAGGCCAAGCAAAAGUUGGCUGCCACAUUGGAGCGUCAUCCCAUACCCGAGUUCCUCACCUCAAUACCCAUCCGCAAGACUCGAGCUGGACUGCAGUUCACCUGUGCGGCAGCCACGCUUAGUGACAAUCGAGAUGUUUGGGUGUGUAACAGCGAUGGGUAUGUGGGUCAGGUGUGCAUCAUGUCACUCCAUCCGGAACCCAAUGUCACCAGUUGCAAUGGCGUGUGCAAUGCACGUAUCCUUUGUGUGGCUUCCGUGCCGGCAUAUAGCUCGGCGGCCUCAAGUCGAAAUAGUAGUGGCGAGCAGCCGGCUGGAUCCGGUGGUCAAGAGGAGAAGGACAAACGUAACACUCCACAGAGUUAUACACAACAGUUGAGAGAUUACCGCAAGAGUAUCUCGCCCAGCUUCCAGAGUGCCUCCACUUCGGCGACAGCGACGCCUGAAAAGAAGAAGCUAACGCCAAUACCCACGCCGGUGGCAAGUGGUGAUCCUGCUGAUGCGGCUACCACUGGCAGUGAUACUCAGUUAGAACUAAAUCUAAGCUCCAGCGAUGAUGAAACGGAGGCUGCAGCUGCAUCACUGAAUGUGGCCGGAAGCACUGGAUCGGGAACUGGUGCAACUCUGACGGAACGAGUACCCAGUCCUGCGCCCUCAUAUCACGGCCAUCAGGACUCUAAUCCCGAGGAAGGCGAGAGCAAUCAAUCAACCAUGUGGAUUGGUACUGAAGACGGCUGCAUCCACGUCUAUAAUAGCACUGACAAUAUUCGGAUUAAGAAAAAUCGCAUCAAGAUCGAGCACCACUCGGCCGUCUAUUCCAUUUUGUACCUGGACAAUCGUGUGUUUGUAUCAUUAGCAAAUGGUGAUAUCUGUGUUUACCUGAGAGAUGGUGCCACGUCAUGGAAUACUUGCUCAUCACAUUGCCUGUCCAUUGGCACCGUCACCAGUCCGGUGAACAAGCUCUUAAAUGUCAACGGCCGACUUUGGUGUUCCAUCCAAGGCAUUAUCAAAGUCCUGGACGUAGAGAGUUUAACGGUCAUCAAUCAAAUUCAGAUUUCAUCGGACUCGAAGCCGAUCACAAACAUGACAGUCUCUAACAAUCAUGUCUGGAUAUCCAUUCAGAAUUCAGCACACAUUAAGUGUUUCCAUUCCAAUACCCACCAACUGGUUACCGAAGUGAAUCUCGCCCCCGCCGUCAACAAGAUGCUCUCCAAUUGUGAUGAGAUUAUUCGCCAGCAUAAGGCCGCCUGCCUGCGGGUUACAUCGUUGCUAUGCUGCAAGGAUCUGAUCUGGAUUGGAACCAGUGCUGGUGUUCUGCUAACUAUCCCCGCACAGGGUUACGAAAAGGGUGCCAUAAAUAUUGUGCCCACAGGCAUUCCUCAUGGCCAUACCGGACACGUGAGGUUCCUGACUUUUGUGGAAACUACGGGCUUGGAGGGAACUGCUCCAGGUGGAAGCGGAGGUCGCGAUGCAGGCGGUUCCAACAGCGAUGAGUACACCAAACAGGGUUCCAUCAAGCACUCCAAGUCCAAGUCCGAGACGAACAACACGUUGAUCAUUUCCGGUGGCGAUGGCUACGAGGACUUCCGCAACUCCGGUGCCAACUCGCUGAGCGAGAUCGCUGGACGUGAGGACAGCACCAACCAUCUAUUGAUAUGGCAAAUUUGAAGCAGAAGGCGUAAAAAUCGCUGGAGGCUACUGCUCUCACGCUGGAAGAACAACAACUGAGAUCAGCUCAGGGGUUGUCCGAGGCCAGCGUUCGAGUGGUGAGCCCGGCGGUUUUUAUGGGGCGAUCAUUAUUAAAGAUCCAACGAGAUCUGCAGCAGCUGCUAAGCUGGAAAUUAGUAGGAUUAGCUGACGGACUUAACGGACUCAAGGGACGAACAGGACGGAUGUACAGAUGAAUUUUGGAUUGCUCGCAGAUUGGAGAUUGAAGUUUGCAUACUUCAGAUUGAACUUGUGAAUAUUAAAGGUUCGGCAUUUGAUGUAUUAUGUGACUCUCACAUCACCCCGACUGGCCUAUAAAAAACACAGUGCCAAAACAAGAAACAGAAUACAUAUACGACUCCUGCGAUUUGGGAAAGCACUUUCAAUGUACAUACGGAUCGCACCGCUGGAGAGAAGAUGGAGAGCUACUCGAUUCCACGGCAACGUGUACGAUAGAUAUUUUUGUAUUGCUUAGCAGGCAGACUAAUUGUAAAUCUAAGACCUCCCCCCCAUUCAAGUGUUAAGAGUUCGUGUCUAAGUUCGUUUGAAUUGAAUACAGGUCUAACGUAAAUCAUAAAUAAAUGUAAACGAGUUAAAUCCACCUGAGGUUCGUUCGAUGAUCCCCGCCCGGAAUCCAAGCGCAUUAAUCGAAUUUAUAAACUACAAACCACUCAAGGGUCAUGUCACUUAUGUUUGCGUGUGUCUCCAAAAAAAAAAAAAAACAAAAAUAAAAAAUGAAAACAAAGAGUACGCAUGCCCAGGAUAGGCUUGUAAAAAUUGUAGUCUAAGCAUCUCCCUAUUUUUAUUGUAUACAUACGCGCGUAAUAUAUACAUAUACAUAUAUAUUAAUAACUAUAUAUAUAUAACUGAUUAAAUGGCGUUUAUAAAGUUUAUUGUAAAACCUAUUUCAUGCAAGAGAAUUGAAUUUGAAAAUUGCAAAUUUUAACAUAAAUACGAGUGAUAUUCAAGUUUUUUGCUAAAGUUUUUUGGGCAUGUACAAAACGUUAAAACCAACACUAAAAACACUCACACCCAACACCACACCCUCUAAACAACAAAAACCCCAAAAACCUUAAAAACCCUACCUACUUAAAUAUGAAUAUAUAUAUAUAUUUUUUCUAAUUGAAUACUAUUUGUAAGUUGUGCGCACCCGAAAAUCAAGCAACUCAAGCGACCUAUUAAUUUGAAGGUCGCGUCUCAAGCUCGAUCCUCUGUCUAAGGUAGCAAAUUGUAAUAAUUUAAGUAUGAAUAUUUCUAUGUUAUAUAGUCUGGUUGGUUAUUAACAUUAAUCAUUGUUCAGUGCAGUAUUUCAAAGUGUAUGAUGUAUGCUAAGCUCUUCCACAAUCGACUAUCCACCAACAAAACCGAAACUACAAGAGAACACUAAACCACAAUCACACCGAACCACCGAGAGCGGUUUCAUCUGUUAUUUGAGUGGCUAAAAUCGCAUCCUAAAUAAAAAUCAAAAAAUGUAUGAAAUGCAUUUUCUCAUAUUCAGUGAACAUCUGACAAUUGUUAUCCUACCUCUACGAAUACCAAGGUGUUAAAUAUAUAUAUACUUAUAUACAUUAUACUCGGAGGUAUUGCUCUCGGCCGACGUAGAUUUGACCCUCAUAUUGGAUCAGAAGUGGAAGCAGGAGCCAUAACAGGCGAAACUCCCUAAAUGAGCUGUAAUAAUAGAAUCUAAAACAAUAAUUCCCCCCUUUGCCAAGCUGCAUUGUAAGGUUCAAUAAUAAAUUGUAAAUGUGUUAAAAAAAAAAAAAAAUAUAUAUAUAUAUAUAUAUACUUAAAUGGAGGCGUAAGCAUGUAUUAUGAUUAUGUUUGUAUCAUCUACAAUAUUAAAUGGAAUCUUUAAGCCCAA